UCCGCGGCGGGAGCGCGUUCAGUUCGGUGAGUCACCGCGCGCUGGAGUACUGAGACCGACGGAGAGUCUCCACAGCGGCGGAGAACGGACGGAGAAGCGGAAAACAUCUGGAGCUCGAGCAUGGCGGUCGAAGAAGAAGGGCUUCGGGUUUUCCAGAGCGUCAAAAUUAAAAUCGGUGAAGCCAAGAACAUCCCUCCGUAUCCAGGACCCAAUAAAAUGCGGGAUUGUUACUGUACUGUAAACUUGGACCAAGAGGAGGUGUUCCGAACCAAAACCAUAGAGAAGUCUUUAUGUCCAUUCUACGGCGAGGACUUUUACUGUGAAAUCCCGCGCAGUUUCCGCCACCUGUCCUUCUACAUCUUCGACAGAGACGUGUUCAGGAGGGACUCCAGCAUCGGUAAAGUGGCUGUCAAGAAGGAAGACCUGCAGAAGUACCAUGGUAAAGAUCACUGGUUCCCGCUGCAGCCGGUCUGUGCAGACUCAGAGGUGCAGGGGAAGGUUCACCUGGAGCUGCGUCUCAGUGAGCUCAUCACAGACAGCGGCGGCCUCUGCCACAAGCUGGCAACACGGGUUUUGGAGUGUCAGGAUCUGCCGAUAGUCAAUGGUCAGUGUGACCCGUACGCAGCCGUGUCAUUACUGGGCCCUUCAAGGUCUGAGGCCAAGAAGACGAAGGUGAAGCGAAAAAACAACAAUCCUCAGUUCGACGAGAUCUUCUUCUUCGAGGUGACGAAACCUCUGAGCUUCACUAAACGACAGUUCGACGUGGAGGAAGAUGAUGUGGACAAGCUCGCACUCAAGGUGGACCUGUGGAACGCCAGUAACCUGAAGUUUGGCGAUGAGUUUCUGGGAGAGGUACGGGUGCCGCUGAAGGUGCUGGGACAGGCGGGUGUUCACGAUGCAUGGUACUUCCUGCAGCCCAGAGAUAACGGCCAUAAGUCAGUGAAGGCGGAUGAGCUGGGCUCGCUGAGACUCAACAUCGUUUACACGGAGGACCACGUGUUCCCGACGGAGCAUUACAACCCGCUGCGAGACCUGCUUCUGCAGUCAGCACACGUACAGCCGGUGUCAGCGUCUGCGGCUCAUAUUCUGGGUGAGGUGUGUCGGGAGAAGCAGGAGGCGGCCGUCCCGCUGGUCAGACUCUUCCUGCACUACGGCAAGAUCGUGCCUUUCCUCAGUGCCAUCGCUCACGCAGAGAUCAGCCGCACACAGGACCCCAACACCAUAUUCAGAGGGAACUCGCUCACGUCCAAGUGCAUCGAUGAGACUAUGAAGCUGGCGGGGAUGCAUUACCUGCGCGUCACACUGAAGCCCAUCAUCGAUGAGAUCUGCAGCGACCACAAACCCUGCGAGAUCGACCCCGUCAAGCUGAAGGAGUCGGAGAAUCUGGACACAAACAGGGAAAACCUGCGUCAGUAUGUGGACCGCAUCUUCAGCGUGAUCACCAGCUCCGGCGUCAGCUGCCCGACCGUCAUGUGCGACAUCUUCUUCUCUCUGCGUGAGUCUGCGGCCUCGCGCUUUCAGGUGGAUGCAGAUGUUCGCUACACGGCAGUCAGCAGCUUCAUCUUCCUGCGCUUCUUUGCUCCUGCAAUCCUGUCGCCAAACCUGUUCCACCUGCGGCCGCAUCACCCGGAUCCGUGCACAUCUCGAACCCUGACGCUCAUUUCCAAAACCAUACAGACUCUGGGGAGCCUGGCCAAGUCCAAAUCUGCCAACUUUAAAGAGUCCUACAUGGCUGCUUUCUACGACUACUUCAAUGAGCAGAAGUACGCAGACGCAGUGAAGAACUUUCUGGAUCUGAUCUCGUCGUCAGCACGCUGGGACCAGAAGAGCAUCGAGACGCCCAUCAUGCUGAAGGAAGGGAGCGUUAAACUCAUUAUUAAGAGGUUUGAUGCCAAAGGCUCAGGCAGAUUCAUGAUCAAGCGAGCUCAGGGACGAAACCGCUUCGGUCUGAAGAACUUCAAGAAGAGAUGGUUUCGCCUCACCAACCACGAGUUCACCUACCAUAAAACCAAAGGUAACGCAAAAGGAGAGGGCGCUUUGUGCAGUAUCCCUAUAGAGAACAUCCUGGCUGUAGAGAGACUGGAGGAAGAGUCCUUCAAGAUGAAGAAUAUGUUCCAGGUCAUCCAGCCAGAGAGGGCGCUCUACAUUCAGGCUAAUAACUGUGUGGAGGCCCGAGACUGGAUCGACAUCCUGACGAAGGUCAGUCAGUGCAACCGCAAGCGCCUGAGCACCUUCCACCCGUCUGCAUUCCUCAACGGACACUGGCUCUGCUGUAAGCUGUCUGCGGACACAGCGCCCGGCUGCACGCCCUGCACAGGUGGACUUCCUGCCAACAUUCAGCUGGAUGUGGAUGGAGAUCGAGAGACGGAGAGGAUCUACUCGCUCUACAGCACAUACAUGUCCAAACUGGUGAAGAUGCAGGAGGCGUGUGGCAGUAAGUCAGUGUACGACGGGCCGGAGCAGGAGGAAUACUCUACGUUUGUGAUCGAUGACCCGCAGGAAACCUAUAAAACCCUGAGACUCGUGAUCUCCGCCGUGCAGACACUGGAGCAGCAGCACACACAGUACAAACGAGACAAGUUCAGGAAAACCAAGUAUGGAAGCCAGGAACAUCCAAUCGGUGAUCAGAGCUUCCAGUGCUACAUCCGCCAGCAGUCAGAAAGCUCCACCUACUCCAUCUGACCACACCCCCUCGCUCUGCACAGGAAAUGAGGUGUGAUUGACAGGAAGUGUCCGCUGACUCGAGCUAAAGCUGUGGUGUUUAAUGCAGUAGCCGAGCGGCGGCGGUCUCGCACUUUACACAUGGCGCGCUCUGGGACGAUGAGGCUUCGCCACGCGGCGCAUUUUAACAUUUUAUGAAGGAAUCGUCCUCUAGAUGUUUUAUAAACGGAGUUCUCCAGGACGUAUCCCACAAUCCUUUGCUAUCACAGGGUUUAUAAGUGACUGGAUGACGGACCUGCGGCUGAAUUUGUUUCUUUAUAUCAGGAAUGUUCAGACGUGUCCGGUGUUGAUCCUGUAGUGUGUCUCCAGGGAGACUGAAGAAGAGGUGCAUUGUGGGAAAUGUGUGUGUGUGUGUGUCAGCGUGUGGAGUGACACUAAACCACUUCCUUAUGGUUUGUGGGUCCAGUUGUGUUCAGCAGCACAUCAGCGUCUGUCUUUAUACUGCAUUGAUACACUGUUCUUACUGUGUGUGUGUGUGUGUGUGGUUCUGUGUAUGAUUGUGAGUGUGCGAGUGUUUGUUUAUGUGUGAGUGCGUGUGUACGUGCAGAUGUGUGUAUGU